UAUCGAGGAGCGAAAUUCCUGCUGCAGUGAGUAAAGCAAGUGUUUAUGAAUUUGUGAAAUCAAGGUUAAGUGUUGGCUGCUCGAGGCGAUUAACCUCAAAAAUUUUCUCAGUGUACAUCGUAAAAAUUCACAGUGAUUUUACAUAAAAUCAAGCGAGUAAUGGAAAGUAGUGAGGACAUAGUCAGGGUAAAGGAGGAACCUAACGAUACUUGGACAGAUGCAGAACACGGUUAUAGUAUCGGUUCGCUGAACGUUUACGAAGCCAAAAACUUUCAAACAUUUACGUUACAUAAGCCAUCGGCAACUCACAUGCACGAGGUUAUGGCGUUACAGAAAAAUUUAGAUGAAAAAAUAUUCAUUGUUGUAGAGUGCAAAGAUUUUAAACCCGAACUACCGUUUCCAUCGACAAACAUCUGUAAAACUGAGGAUCAAAGUUAUCCAUCUGAAGUGAAAGUUAAAAAGGAAAUUGAGAACAAUCUUCCGAAUGAUAAAGAAGUGAUAAUUUUAAUAAAGAAAGGAUUCGAUUAUGAAAAUAAUUGUCAGUUUCUAGAAAAAUCUCCAUGGGAGAUUGACAAAUAUGCCAUUUGCCAGCCGUCGUGCACAUACAAAAGUAAGCUCAAAAAUCACAUUAAUGCAAAACAUGAUCAACAUAAACUCUUUGGGUGUGACAUUUGUCAAAAAUCAUUUGGACGAAAAGGCAACCUCAAUGUUCACAUAAAUUCUGUACAUAUUCGUAGCAAACUCUUCGAAUGUGAUAUUUGUCGCAAAUCAUUUAGACAAAAAGGUACCCUAAAAUCUCACGUAAAUGCAGUACAUAACUGUAACAAACCCUUUGAGUGUGGAAUUUGUUAUAAAUCAUUUGGUCGAAAACAUUCUCUUAAAACUCACAUAAAUACAUACAUAACCAGAGCAAACUUUUUGAAUGCUAGAUUUGUCGCAAAUAAUUUUGAUACAAAUCUCUACUUAAACAUCACAAAAUUACAGUUCAUGAUCAAAGGAAACCCUUCGAAUGUAUCGUGUGCUUAUGAAUAA